CUUCAGUUGAUCUUCAUCAUUCGAACGAGACGUUGGCGUUGGCGUUAGCGCUACCACGACAUUGUGUGAAUCGACUUUUCCUUAGCGAAAAAUUUCGCAUUAUACCUUCGUGUCGCGAACCGCAAAUUAUAAUCUAUUCAAGGGAGAAGAAAUCUACAACGGGAAAGUGAUCUCGUGGGUUCCGGAAAAGUUUGACUCAAAGUGUGUGUCUGAGCGGUGAUAUCAUAACAUUCAAUUCAAUAUGAAUUGGUGGUCACUUCUCCCGGCUUUGCUGUUAAUAGCAACUGCCGCCAGUACCGAAACAGCCUCGGAAACAAAUGAAAUUAUUCCAACCGAUUCCACUGAAAACAAAAGCACUCACCAUCUCAGACGACUUGUUAUCCCCAUUGACGGGGCUGAAGACAGUGAAACUGAAAGCAAUAAAAUUGAAAAUGCAACCAGUAAAGAUGAGAUCCUUGAAGAGAGCACAGCCCCCGAUAAAAUGUCUGUACACUUUUAUUCAGCCAACGUUGAUAUGGAAACGAACACAGAAGGUGACUUACUGAAGUAUUUGCUUGAGAAAGUUGGCAAUCCCGCCAACAAUGAAAGCAAAGUAAUUAUAAAGUUUACGCCUACAGAGAGAUCUGUUAAAAGUGUCGAUAGCGAAACAAAUUUCUCAAAUGAUAUUCCAUCAAUAUCGGUUAAAGGAGAAGCCAGCACAACAGCAAAAACAAAUGAAGCCAAAUCAGCGAAUGCUACUGCAAACGAAGUGACGACUACUAGUAAGCCAGCUCCAACACACAAUGAAGAUGGUGAAAACAUUGAAGUUGUAGACAAAAAAGAUAUCAAAAUUCUCGAGGCACCGUUGGUCAGUGCGUUCACGGUUCACCAAGACGAUGUUGGACUGCCGAAGAAAGUUGUACCCCUCAUUGCACCGCUUCAACCCACCCCCGUUCCUGUUGUACAACUUUCGUCAAUCAAUUUCCCACCAAGAAAUUCUUUUGUCCAAUCCGAAUUAAUUAAAUCGAAUCCAAUUUCAACUGAAUCACCACUUGGAAAUGCACAGCCGAUUCCUAUCCAACUGCCUGUACCUUCAUUUUUGCGACCAGAAGCUCUUCAGAAACAUUAUGCAGAAAUUCAAGCACCAUUCAUUCCUCAAAAUACCGCUGCCAAAACUCAAAUAUCUUCACCAGUUUCUCCACAGGUUCAUCAACCCGCACGGGACCUUCUUCCACCAAUUAGUAAUUCACCAAAUCAACCGAUACAACCCCAACAGAUCCAACAAAUCCAACCGAGCCUACAAUUACAGCAAUUCCAACCAACUCAACAAAAUCUACCAAAUUUCGCUGCCUUUUCGCAACAAAAUGCUCUCCUUCAAAAUCAACAGCAACAAUUGAAUCUUCAGCAGCUACUAUUAGAACGUCAGAAGUACUUAGAGGAGCAAAUUUUCAUCCUGCAAAAUCAAGCUCAACAGCAACAACAACAACUUUUACUUCAACAACAAUUACUCCAAGACAGCAGAAGGAAGCGUUAUGAAAACCAAAGUGGACAACCAAACCAAUUGAUUCCUAACAAGAGCAUUCUCAAUAAAAGUAAACUUCAAAAUGAGAUCUUUGGGGUCAAUCCAAAACCACAAUUGGAAAUUAUUCCUAGUGUAACCCAAAGUCCCCGCUAUGAGGUUUCUACUCAGCAGCAUCUCCCAGUAAGAGACGCGACCCCUUUCCAUAAUAAUCCUGCCUCAUUCCUGCAGCAGUCACCCAAGUCUUCAAAUGUCGAUAUUCAGGCUUCUACGCAGUUGAAUUUCAAUCAACAACAAACGAACAUUCCCACUCCUUUGGAGUUAUCAUCAACCUUACAACUUCCGCAAAGAGCUCCUCAGCAAUUCAGAACUAACUUCAAUCAAAACGCAGGGGUUCAAAUACAGCAACAACAACUGAUCCAACAGCAAUUACUUCAGCAGCAACAACAGCAACAGCAACAACAGUUGUUACAGCGGCAACAGCAGCAACUUCUGCAGCAGCAAAUUCUACAACAACAACAACAGCAACAGCAAGUUUCAAGAAACCGGAACUUCAGAAGUGAGCUGCAAACUGGAAACUUGGGUUUGAAUCUGCUCGCCCACAGUCAACCAAAGUUCAUUCCUCAGCAAUCAUUUGUGCCACAAACUCCAUCUGCUGAUGUACACCUUCAAUCAUUGCUCUAUCAAUCAGGUAUAUCCAAUCCUAAAUCAAAUGACGAAUUGAAUGUAAUAACUAAAGUUUUAGCACUGAACCAUGGCAUUAACCCGCACAUACCACAAAAUUUACAAAUCCCUUGGCCAUUCGGAUCCUUCUAAUCCAGCACACCAACACACAAAUACAACUCCUCAACAACUAAAAACACAGACUUCUCAUCCACAUGAACCAACCACGGCUGGAGAACCAAAUGUGACUGGUCACCUGUAACUGAUAACUUUCCUCCAUAUCUACCCGUACCUAAUAGAAUCCUUUCCGUCACCUGCCUGGCAGAACGUGCACCUCUUUAACCAAAUUCAACGAUAAAAUAAUAGAAAUGUCUUGGGGAGGCCUGUGUUUGCUGAGCCUCUCUAAGAUUUUCGUAUGCAAGUCUUUCAAAAUUAUACAGAACUCGAGGAUGAUGCAAAGUAAAUCGUCCGAUUCUGAAAAUUAGGCUACAGAUUCCCGGUUCGAUAAGAAAUUUUGGAUCCCUUUAGGCUUCCAUUUGUAUUUCCCAAAAAGAACGCUUACUUUUAUUAUGAUAUCAAAUACUCCAAAUUGACACUGGAUACCGUUCUAGGAUCACGUACUCUCAAUGCGGAAAAGCAAGCGUAGAGAUUUGAAUACGAGUCGGACUCGCGAAAUAUGGCAUAACCCAGACGUUCCGUGUCUGGAAAUAUAAUCGAAAGUGCACAGCCUUCCAAUAUGUUACUUAAAUUUACGAUCAUACACAGUAAAUUAGAUGAUUCACUUUGUAGCGUCCUCCCUCGAUUCCUAUCUAGAUUCAACUCAUAUCUAUGGACAAAAUCUAGACAACCGCGUACAAAACCACUCCAAGAAAAUGUUUAUAAUUUUAUACGUAGUGUAAUAUGAACAAAUGACAAUUGUUAUGUAUGUCGCUUGUACGAUUCAUAUCUUGAGUUAUGUAAAUUGUCCGAGCACUGGAAUAUUCUCUUGAAAGAAAAAACGCAAUAGCAGCUGACCAAGUUCCAUUUCAGAUUUAUCUUUUUCGUAAUUUGUGGGAGAGCUAAGGUAACCAAAAACUCUAGAGUCAAGGCAAAAACUGAUUGUUGUCGAGCCUCAUGCAAAUGCAUUAUAGUCCGUCCUAUCGCUACAGUACAUCUCACAUGUUGGGAAGUUAAUAGCUACAAUAUUGUCAAAGGAACUACCACUGCAAGUCAUCCACAAUGCCUUCUUGGAAAUAACAUAACCAUCCAUCAAGUGCAAAUUGCGCUUGGCUUUCAUAAAUAUCUUCCACCAAGCUACCUAAGUAUCUUACAGAGGAAUUCUCCGAAUAAUAAGAAUGAACCGGAAAAUUAUCUUAAAAUUCUACUCAAAUGGAGUCAGCAAAUUUUAAUAUUUCCAUCAUCUAGUCAGGCAAUUUACAAUACCCAAGACCCAACUUAGAGUUUAUUUUAAAAUAGUUAUAUUUAAAUAUAUUUUUCACCUUUAUUUUGUAUUGUAAGAAUGAGUAUUUAUUGAAAGCGAAACUAAAGUAUAAAUAAAAGUUGAUUUAAAAAA